AAAUCACUUUCCAGUUCCCAGAACAGCUUUGGCUAAUCAGAGAAAGUGGUUUAUUUCUCUCUUUAUCUCUCUCUUUUUCCCCUAUAAAAAGCUAACCUAACUCCAUUCCUCCACUCCUUUACUCCCUACCCAGCAUCCCAACAAACACCCAAUCAACAAGCCCCACCCCAUCUGAUAACUCCUCAAAGGCCAGUCCUAUUUCCACCUAUCCCCACACACCUUAACUACACCAAACGCCCACUUUCCUUGGCCUUUGUCCCCUCUCAGAUCUCCCCAUCUUUUCUUCUUUUCCUUUGCUGUGCCUCACACUCCCUUUUCUCUUGAGUAAUUAGUCCAGAUUUUAGGAGGCAAGAUAAAAAAAUGAUUCAAGAGCUGUUGGGUGGAGCAGUGGAGGAGAGGAAGAUCUCCAUCCCAGGAAGCCUUCUGAUUGAUCCAUCAUCUUCCUCCUCUUCCUCAACGUCCAUUUCCUCCGCCUCUCUAUCUUCCAACUCGUCCUCGCCAUCGACCACCUCAGAGCCACAACAGAACCUGAGGUGCCCCCGGUGUGACUCCUCCAACACCAAAUUCUGCUACUACAACAACUAUAACCUCACCCAGCCCCGCCACUUCUGCAAGACCUGCCGCCGCUACUGGACCAAGGGCGGCGCCCUCCGCAAUGUCCCCAUUGGCGGUGGAUGCCGCAAGGUCAAGGCUGCCCCAGGCAUCGCUGCCGCCGGGGGCAGCAAACUGGGUGCUACCAAGGCAAAAUCUGCAUCAACUGACCUCUUGGCAAGGUCAGGCAUUGGUGGAGGGCUUGAACAUGAGCUUCCAUCGAGCCCGAUCCUUUGGGCUUCACCGCACACCUCGCACUUGGUGUCCUUGCUCAGAGCCACCAGUUACCAAAACCCUAACCCUAGCACUCAUUCAAGAACCACACUCAAUUCUGUGAGAAACGAGGAGGAUGGGGCUAUGAUCGGCACACGCAUGGAGGCCGACAAAGUUGGCGUUUUACACUCACCAGGCCUGACCUUGGACCCUUUGGGUCAGCUCCCGAUAACGCUGAGCGGCGCCUUGUGGAGGAACGGCAACCAGUAUGCAUAUCAGCAACAGCCACAGCCACAGCAGACGCAACAACAUGGCAACAUGUUGUUGGGCGAAGCACCGAGCUCCGGGAUCCAAGAGCUCUACCAAAGGAUCAAAUCAUCGGCAAAUUACUGUAAUGAUCAGCUGCAGGCAGUCAUGAGCAAUAUGGGUUGUUUGGAUUCUUCUACUUCUUCUGCUGGUACUAGUGCAGCCACUUCGAUCUUGGAGCCGAUUCCUCUCUCUGGAGGUGAAUUCAAUUACUGGAACCCAGCACUUAAUUGGUCUGAUCUGCCUACAACUAAUGGUGCACUUCCUUAGGGAUGGUUCUUCUCAUACCUAUGUUAGAUUAGUUGCUUUUGUUCGUGGGGUUGUUUGGAUAUUUGGGUUAUGAAUUAUAACACUGAGUGCAUGCAGUAGUCCUUGGUCUAUAUAUCUCUGAAGAUCUUUUUGUUGUUGGCUGUGUUUUUCACUAGUUAUUUGCGUGUUUUCUUUCGUGGAAAUGUAUUGAUCAUCAAGAUCAAUGAAGUUAAAAUAGUGUUUUCUA